UGUUGUGUUGUAUUUAUGAGUAAGAUUUAUUGUAUGGAGAAUCUUAUAAAUAAUUAGUAUAUUGCAAUAUCCUUUUUAAAACGUAUUUAGCAAUUGUAUAUCAACAAUGAGUACAUACGAAAUAAGUAAAUCAUCGUUGCUGAGUUUAAAAGCUGAAAUAUUACGAAAACAAGAAGAAUUGAAUAAAACAAAACUUGAAAAUCAGACAAAAACAGCACCCACUAAAAAAUUAACACUGUUAGAAGUGAAAAACAAAGGUGUAGAACAACGUACUGUUAACGAUAUCAGCGAGGAAGAUGAAAAUUUGCUUAAAAAAUCAAGGAGUAUUCUGGAAGCCAAAGCGAAGUUAUACGAAAAACUCAUGAGACGAACAAAUUUUACAGAUGAAGAACUUGAACACAAUCAAAGGUAUUUGGUACGAUUCCAUAAAAAGUCACGAAUACCUGACUUACCUCCGGAUUUAGAUGAUGAAUUGGAUGAUAAAUAUCCAGAUUCUGAUGAAGAACGUCAUUUUUCAGAUGAAUAUGAACCUCCAAAAAAUCCAGAAGAGGACUGGGUAGAAUACACAGAUUGCUUGGGCAGAACCAGAAAAUGCAUGAAAAAGGAUUUGGCAUUUGUGAAGUCAAAAGAUGCAGAGCUAUUAGCCGCCGUCAAUAAAGACGAAAAUAAAGUUGAGCAGCUCAGUAAAGCCGGUGGCUCUGUAGUGGAGAUACACGAAUCUGGCGAACCGAAGCUCUCGAAUGCGAAUGAGUUAUUAUCGAGUGAUAUGAGAAGGGAGUUGUUGCGGCAACAGUGGGAAAAAGCAGAGGACCAAUUGAGAAAAAAAGACGAUAUACAUUAUCAAGAUAUUUUAUUCAAUGAGGCAAGAACUCAUGGUGUUGGUUACUAUGGAUUUUCAAAGGACGAGGAAGAAAGAGCCAAACAGCAGGAAGCAUUAAAAAAUUUGAGGCAAGAAACUGAACAAGAACAAAAGAAGGCGCAAGACUUACGAGAGUUAAGAGAAACACAAUUGAAGGCCCGUGCCAAGGCUGCUAGAAAUCGUAAACGAGCUAGGAUGGGAUUACCACCAGAAGAAGAUGAACCGGAAGUUGUGCAACCGGAAGAACCCCCUAAAAGUGAAGUAUCAGAGAAACCCGUAGAGAAUGAGAACAAGGAUCAAGAAAAAGAAGCUGCCCGGAAAAAUCAUGUGCGUCCAUGGGAUAUAGGGAAGAAAGGUGUUAAAGAACAUUACGAAUAUACACAGGAGGAAUGGGUCGAUAAGAAGCGGAGGGAAAGACCUAAAGAUUUUGCACCUCCAUCUUCGUAUAAGAACAGUUUUAGACGAGAUCCAGAAAUUAGAGAAAAUGUGGAACCGGACAAGAAAUUAUAUUUCUCGACAAAGAAAAAUCGAUCAACGUAUAAAGAAGAGAAGCAACCUCCAAUGCGUCCUAAACCAAUUGUGAAUGAAUGUGAUGAAAGUCCAGAAUCUGAUAGUCAACUUUGUGAGAAAGAAGAGAGGAGAUCCAACGAGGAUACUAGAGGUAAACGGGCAGAAUUUGCACCGCCCCCUACGUACGAUUACUACGGUCCAAGUGAUGCCAAGAAAUCUAAACCUAGCUAUAGCAAAGGAAAUUUAGUAGAGUCGAUAUCUGCAGGGUUGCAAUUUUUAAGGGAACAAGCUGAGAAGAAAGGUAAUUCUAAUAAACAUGAUGAAGAUAUGUUUUUAAUUUAAUUAUUCUAUAAAAUAUAUUAUUAUUAUUAUGA